AUGGCGCUUGCUGCCCACGUCGACCCGGACGAGCUGAUCGCGAGCCUCAACCACCACCCACAUCACAAGCAUCGUCCCCAUGCCGGGGCUCUCUCCCACCAAACUCCCUACAGUACCCGCUACAAUGCCGAGUUCGAGCUGUCCAAGUUCAAGAUCCCUCACGACGGAGCGCCGGCCGACGCCGUCCACCAGAUGCUCAAAGAUGAGUUGGAUCUGGACGGAAGGCCGAAUCUGAACCUAGCCAGUUUUGUUGGAACCUACAUGGAGAAGGAGGCAGAGAACCUCAUGAUCGAGAACCUGUCAAAGAACAUGUCGGAUGCAGACGAGUACCCUGCUAUGAUGCAGAUGCACGCCCGUUGCGUUUCCAUCCUCGCACACAUGUGGAAUGUGCAAAAGGGAGAGAAGGCUGUAGGGACGGCGACGACAGGUUCUUCAGAGGCAAUUCAUCUGGGUGGUCUCGCCAUGAAGCGCAGAUGGCAGGAGAAACGCUGGGCCGCUGGGAAGGACACCAGCAAGCCGAACAUCUUGAUGGGUGCCAACGCACAGGUUGCUCUGGAAAAGUUCGCACGAUACUUCGAAGUCGAGGCCCGUAUCCUUCCUGUUAGCGCCAAAUCCGACUAUCGCCUGGACCCCGAGCUUGUCAAGAAGAACAUUGACGAGAACACCAUUGGAGUCUUUGUGAUUAUGGGAAGCACAUACACCGGACAUUACGAGCCCGUGGAAGAGAUCCACGACAUCCUGGAUCAAUUUGAGAAGCACACUGGAAAUGAUAUCCCCAUUCACGUGGAUGGCGCUUCAGGGGCGUUCAUCGCGCCAUUUACGCAUGCAAAGGCUGGUGGGAAGAAGUGGGAUUUUGCGCUUCCUCGCGUGAAGUCCAUCAACGUGAGCGGACACAAAUUCGGUCUCGUAUACGCUGGAGUCUGCUUCAUCGUCUGGCGCGACGAAUCCUACCUGCCCAAGCACUUGAUCUUCGAACUGCACUACCUAGGUGGCACCGAGGAGAGCUACACACUCAACUUCUCCCGACCGGGCGCUCAAAUCAUCGCGCAGUACUACAACCUCAUGCACCUGGGUUUCACGGGCUAUCGAGCCAUCAUGGAGAACGCGCUCUCCAACGCACGUCUUCUCUCCAAAUCCCUCGAGGCUACGGGGUGGUACCGCUGUGUGAGCGAUAUCCACCGACCCAAGGGCCAGCACGAGUACAGGAAGGGAGAAAUCGCCCCGACCAAGGAUGGCGAGACGUCUGCGGAUUACAAUGCUGGUCUACCCGUCGUGGCCUUUUGCCUCACGGACGAAUUCAAGACGAAAUACCCGCACGUAAAGCAAGCGAGUACUAACCCCCUCCCGCCCGCCGAAUCCCAAACCGAAAUCCUCCGCGUCGUCGUCCGCGAAUCCAUGUCCCUCGACCUCCUGGACCGCCUCAUCACCGACAUCCUCGCCGUGACAGAGAACAUCAUGAACACCGACGCCGUCGACCUCCAGGCCUGGCAGCCGUUCGACAGCAGCACCGAGAAGAAGCACGCCAGUCGGGGCGUGCAUGGGCAAGAGAAGCACAAGGCGAAGAGACCGAUGGGGGAGGGCGUGCAUAGGGCUGUUUGUUAG